UACUCUCUUCACUCACUCACUCAUUCAACUUGCACUUGCUGGUUCUCUCCCUCCCCCGUCUCUCUCCACCCCAUGAAUCAAUUGGUUUUAGGGGCUAGAAGGGUAAACUAAAGAACAAGACCCCUAAAACCAUUAAAUCGGGUCCCGUGUUUUUGUCCUACUCCUCCCGCUUUCUUCCUUUCCCCAUCACUCACUUCUACUCUGUCCACUUCGCGCUCCCAACGCGUCUCGAUUUACUGCCCUUCAUAUACCUCUCUCUUCCCCCCUCCCCCCUGAGAUUAAUUUGGUCAUUCGACUUUUUUCUUUUCUUCCGAAAGCACACAACCCCCAUCCUUUUCGACGGAAGUAGAGCAGGGCUCCCUCGGUCAUUACCUUCCCAUUCUAUCAUAAUGUCCUCUCCCUCGUCGGCAGGAAAGCGCAAGCGCAGUGCUUCCCAACAUCUUCCGUCCAACGUAACCUCCGCUGAUCCUCUGCAACCUUCAUCACGCGAUGCGUCGGGCGAAGAUGGCGACGAUUCCACCGGUCCGAAUACUCCCCUGUCGGUCAAGUACAAGAAGCAGGCACCGAUUGAUGUAACUUCGGCGGGCAAUGUUCCGCCAUCGAAACGGGCUCGGAAGAGCUCAACGGUUGGCGAGCAAGCCAAUGGUCCUGUCACCGACGAACCCUCGGCACUCAGCAAGGAAGAUCCCGGCGAGCCGUCAGAAACGACGGUUGCCAGCAGCGAUAUCGAAAGCCGAAGCAAGGGCCGGUCGGGAUUACAGAUCAAAACGGCAGAUGUUGAGGAUACCGAGGACAUGAUGCAGCCACCUCAGCGGGCCGGGUUGCAGGAUCCGGUUGGAUACCAUACUAAUCCUCCGCCCGUGGGGCGCCCAGUGCGCGUGUAUGCGGAUGGUGUCUUUGAUUUGUUCCACGUGGGCCAUAUGCGUCAGCUUGAACAGGCGAAGAAGGCCUUCCCGGAUGUGCACCUGAUGGUCGGUGUGACUGGAGAUGAGGAGACUCAUAACCGGAAGGGUCUUACUGUCCUGAGUGGUGCGGAGCGCGCAGAGAGCGUUCGUCACUGUAAAUGGGUGGACGAAGUGAUUCCUAAUUGCCCUUGGCUGUUGACUCCGGAGUUCCUCGACGAGCACCAAAUCGACUACGUUGCGCAUGAUGACCUGCCCUAUGGCGCGGCCGAAGGAGAUGAUAUUUACGCCCCGAUCAAGGCCCAGGGCAAGUUUUUGGUUACUCAGAGGACGGAAGGCGUCAGCACCACGGGAAUCAUCACCAGAAUUGUCCGCGACUACGACCAGUACAUUUCCCGCCAAUUCAAGCGAGGCGCCUCGAGACAGGAGCUGAAUGUGUCAUGGCUUAAGAAGAACGAACUGGAAAUCAAGCGACACGUUGCGGAAAUUCGGGACAAUAUCCGAAACAACUGGACAACCACGGGCCAGGAGCUGGGCCGAGAAUUACGGCAGCUCUGGCAGAAUAGCCGGCCUGGCAGCCCGGCACCGAGUGCGAGGAACAGUGUAGACAUGGGCAGUACACGAGGAAAUGUUGUCAGCCCUACCACUGGUACCAUGAAAACCCAUCUGUCACGGGUGGAAUCAGUGGGCCGGUCUGAAAGCCCCAUUGGCAAUGGACGGAAUGAAGACUUUGCAACUGGGUACAGCUUGGGAUUGAUUGGAGGUGUAAGAUCCUGGAUGCGCAGCCGUCGGUCACUCUUGGAAAGCCGCGCCCCUUCCCCGACAAGUGAGGAGGAGCACGAGUCUGAGCAGGAACGCAGUAACGGCCACAUUGAACCAUUCAAAUCGCCCGCCAAUGCCGUGUCAAAUUAGAACCGAUGGUCAAGCAUGGUUCAGCCCUAUCAAGUUCUGAUCAUCUUCUCUCACUCUUUCGGAUAUUUGCUUAUCAUGUCUCUCUGAGCACAUGUAAGUUAGGUCAGAGAAUGAAACAAAAGAAAAAGAAGGGGGAACCGAAAAACCCACAAAUUGACAUUUAUCUCAUGGUAGCUUGGAAAAGGAGAAAAAAGAAAAGAAAAAAAAAGGGCACAACAAUAUCUACUACUCAUUCCCCUCCCCCCUUUCACAGAGUUCUAUGACCAUUAUCAGACGAUCUUAUAUCAGAUGGGUUGGUACGAUAUAAUGUUUCCUUAUUGAUUCUGGCGACUCUUUAUUUAUGUUUUUUCUCUUUUCCCCUUUCUCUUUUUUACCUUCUGGUUGAUAUUACCGUUGUUAUUAUUAUGAUGAUAUUUGCCCCCAUAAUCAUUCCUCCUGUUGGGUCAAGAAAGAAAUCGCAUGUCUCCAAGUUUGGGUUAAAUUGUACGGAAAUCUAGGGAACGGUCAAAGGGUUCAUUUCAUUCAUCGUCGGUUUUUUUUUUUUUUUUUU